UAUUCGCAGAAAAUGAGAAAUGGCUGAAAUAACAAAAAAGAUGCAAAACCUUAAUACCUCAAAUAAUGCAAAGAAAACAAGUUCAUAUUAAUAAAGUUUUAAGAGUUCAGAAAUCAAUAUUUGGUGGAAUAACCCUGGUUUUUAAUCACAGUUUUCAUGCAUCUUGGCAUGUUCUCCUCCACCAGUCUUACACACUGCUUUUGGAUAACUUUAAGCAGUUCAGUUUGGUUUGAUGGCUUGUGAUCGUCCAUCUUCCUCUUGCUUAUAUUCCAGAGGUUUGCAAUUUGGUAAAAUCAAAGAAACACCUCAUUUGAAAGUGGUGUGAGCUGUAUAUAGGAGUGUGUGUGUGUGUGUGUGUUUAGUAUGAGUGUUGGAGAUCUCUACAUUUGCAAUGUAAAUAUCUAUGGACGUCAAACGGAAGGGAAGGUUCCUUCUGAUGAACUGAUGAAUGUGCACAUAUUUGUGUGUGUGUGGGUGUGUGUGUGUGUGUGUGUGUGCAUUCAGAUGUCCUGGCACCCUCCAUACCGCAGCUCUAAGUUCCGGCAUGUUUACGGGAAGCCUGCAGGCAAAGACCAGAGGUAUGAUGGCCUGCCAAUCACACGCGCUGUCCAUGACAACCACUGCUGUGCCGUCAAUCCAUGCUUCAUUGCUGUGGUCACUGAGUGUGCUGGGGGCGGAGCCUUCAUCGUCAUCUCUAUUCGGCGUACUGGGCGUGUGGACCCUCAUCACCCCCGAGUGUGUGGGCACAGGGCCAGAGUCCUGGAUAUAAAGUGGGACCCCUUUAAUGACCAUCGCAUCGCUUCCUGUUCUGAGGACUGCACGGUUAAGGUGUGGGACAUCCCCAACAGUGGUUUAAAGGAAAACAUUAUUACAGCAAGGAAGGAGCUUCUGGGACACAGUCGCAGAGUCGGACUAAUUGAGUGGCAUCCAACCGCCAAAGACAUCCUGCUGAGCUCCGCCUACGACUACCAGGUGUUUGUGUGGUGUCUGGACGGUGCAGGAUCUGUAGUAAAGACUCCCGUGUGUGUGAUCCAUCUACACACUGACCUGGUUCUGUCGCUGGGCUUCAACGAGGACGGCAGCAGACUGGCCACUACCUGCAAAGACAGAAGAGUCCGAAUCAUAGACCCUCGAACAGGACAGCUGCUGCAGGAAUCUGGAGGUCAGUCUCACAAGGCCAGCAAGGUUGUGUUCCUGACUGACCUGAACCUCCUCCUGACAACAGGAAACUCCUGCUGGAACCAGAGACAGUUCGCACUGUGGGAUCCGGAAGAUCUAUCAGAGCCUCUUUUGGAGGAGGAUGUGGAUGGAGGUUCUGGAGUACUUUUUCCAUUUUACGACCCGGAUACACACAUGCUCUACCUGGCUGGCAAAGGAGAUGGUAAUAUUCGAUAUUAUGAGGUCAGUGCAGAGAAACCCUACAUUCACUUUCUGGCAGAAUAUCGUUCUCCGCUGCCUCAGAAAGGCAUGGGUGUGAUGCCAAAGCGUGGGCUGCGCACAAAGCAGUGUGAGAUAUUCCGGUUUUACAGGAUGGUGUGUGUGAAGGACCUGGUGGAGCCCCUGUCCUUCACUGUGCCACGGAAGUUUGACGGCUUCCAGGAGGAUAUUUACCCAAUGACGGCUGGAAACGAGGCGGCCAUGACAGCUCAGGAGUGGCUGAAGGGUCACAAUAAAGGUCCGGUGCUGAUGUCCCUGAGACCCAACACUAAAGUUCAGAACCCUUACCCCGCUCCUGUGGAUGUUAACGAGCUUCAGCGGUCGUUCAGCAGCACCAGCCUUCAGAAACCCAGCGGUCCGAACGAGGCCUUCCUGCGGCUCAGCCAGAGCUCAGAAUACGACUGCACUGACCUGACCGGCUGGCACGAGGACGGAACACAGGAAAACGAGUGGAGCAACACACACCCAACACACACUCCCACAGAGACCUGGUGGUGCGAGUCAGCGGAGUUCACUCCUCCAGCUGUUGAGAAGGAGCUGCUGCAGGUGUUCUACAGUCAGCAGGAGGAGAUCCAAUCACUGCGCUCACAGCUGGAGCAGAGAGACAGCAGGAUACAACAGCUGGAGCUGGAGGUAAAGAACAUCCGCAACCAGAUGAGAGCUUCAUUCUGAUACAGGUGGGGGUGGAUACUGAAGGAAGAAGCCCUGCCAUGAUUAUAUUUUGAAGUUUAUGAUGAACGGAAUGAUGAUAAAAAUGGGGCAUCAUUACCCUGCUUUUAGGCCAAGAUAUCCCCUCCCCCCAAGAAUGCAUAACAUAUAUGACAAACCUCUGCUAGUCUUUGUACCUUUGAAACAAGUUUGUUUAGAAUGAAAUUGUAGCUUUAAAAGUAUUAUGUUUUCAAAUAAAUUGAGUUUUUUGUUUUUCA